AUGAAGUCAAAUGAAACAUUUAUUAUUUUGGAUGGUUUUAUGGACUUGGAGAAAUACCGAGCACUGUAUUUUAUCAUCAUGUUUACAGCUUAUGUCCUCAUCCUCUGCAGUAACUGCACUAUUAUCUGUCUCAUUUGGAUCCACAAAGACCUGCAUGAACCAAUGUACUUCUUCAUUGCUGCUUUGUUACUGAACUCUGUUCUUUUCACCACGGCUCUUUACCCCAAAAUACUGACAGAUAUUUUAUCUGAGAAGCAGGUUGUUUCUUAUUCCACUUGUCUUUUCCAGUGGUUCACAUUUUAUGCGAUUGGAGGUGCUGAAUUCUGGUUACUGAUGAUGAUGGCCUAUGAUAGAUAUAUGGCUAUUUGUAAACCUCUGCAAUAUCCAACUGUAAUGAACAAAUCCAAGGUGAAUGUGUUGUUAGCAGUAGCUUGGAUUGUACCAGCUUGUCAACUUGUAAUAGGUAUUACGAUCGCAAGUCAAAGAAAACUUUGCUAUUUUAUUUUCCGGGGCAUCAUUUGUAACAGUAUGAUUCAUAAACUUCACUGUGUUCAAUCAGUUGAAUUAAACAUAUGGGGCUUGUAUGGCUUGAUAAUUAUCACUUUUGUCCCAUUAAUCUUUAACAGUUUUACUUAUACCAGGAUAUUUAUAAUUACCACCAAAAGAGGCCCGAAGGUGAGGAGGAAAGCACUGCAGACUUGUUUGCCUCACAUAGUGGUUUUCUUCAACUUUUCUUGGCUGACGACAUUUGAUGUACUAUUGGCCCGAUUAGAAACAGAAUUACCUCAAAUGGUUCGUGUUAUCAUGAGUUUUCAUCUCAUUUUGUGUCAUCCUCUCUUUAAUCCCAUCAUCUAUGGACUAAAAAUGAAGAAAAUAUCAACACACUUGAAGAGACUGUUCUGUGCUGGCAAAAACAAGAUGGUUCACACGUAA